AUGUCCCAUCCCCUCUACAGAUCGGUAACACCGGAGACUCUUCUCGAACCUUUUUCUUCCACAGACUUUGAGCACAUCGUUACGCUUUGGGGACGGCAGGAGCUUCCGCCGCGCAUACAGCUUCCUACACUCGUUCCUCCUAACAAACCCGAAACGGAAGCGGGUGCUCAUAUCCAAAGGUUGUCAACGUCUUGCAGGUCACGAGUAAAGGCAUCGGAUGUAGUGGAUGACCUUCGCAGAAACCUGUUGUUCCCGUACUUCUUUGAAGAAGGGCAGGAAGAGGACUUCUACGAAGUAUAUGACACCCAAACCAGUCUCUAUGAGCAAGGCCAUCCCAUCGCGGCAUGCAUGUAUGUUGCAAGGUCAUGGCUCGAUGAUUGCAGGAAGAAUCACGAAGAAUGCUGGCGGCUGCACCAUGGCAUGCAGCUCAAGUCCCCACGGCGCCUCGUCGACCUGGGCGGAUCAUACAGAGCGGAUUUGGCAACGCUCGAACAAGUGUGUUGCCCACGAGAGAUCAGAGUGAUCGACGCAAGCGGCCAUUGCAAGCCCCAAUAUCUCGCCGUUAGCUAUCGAUGGCCGAAUAACCCUAGGCAGGAUCAGCAGCUCAAUCCAGCUACCGAAAACCGGUUUCUGCACGGCUUCUUAACCGCGGAUCUCCCACGCACGUUUUGCGACGCUUUCGUAGUAGCGAGAGCGUUGGGUCUAAGGUACGUGUGGAUUGACGCCUUGUGCAUCAUGCAAGGCAGCGAAGGCGACUGGCAUACCGAGGCUUCCAAAAUGGCGUCGGUUUUCGGUAACGCCAUUUUGACUCUUUCCUUCGGCGACGGGGCUGAACUGAAGCGUCUCGGCCAUAGGUCGCCAAGAAGUAUACCAAGGGCUUCGCAAACGGCGACGCAGUACUGGCUAGACCUCAACAGCCGAGAUGAAUGGCAAAAUUGUUCUCUCGAAGAUGCCUCUAAGGCGGCAUGUGAGUCCUUCAUUACAGGAGGGCAACCAUCUGAAUUCGACAAGCAAAGCCCGGAGUCCAUUUACUUGUGGCUGGAGUCAACUGGGAACUGCCCAACCAGGCCCGAAGGUCAACUUGACCAACGAGGUUGGACUUUCCAAGAGAGACUACUCCCGAGAAGAGUCCUUACUCUCACGGUGAGGGGCAUCUUCUGGGAUUGCUGCCGGUCUAGCGCAUCGGACACUAGGCCGUCUGGGUUACGAGGCGAUUAUUCGCCGGGCCUCCGGGACUCAGAUGAAAGGAAAGUCAAGAAACAGCUGAUGGCUGAAAGUCUCGACCUCUCCCUGGAAGCUCGAGCCAACGCUUAUCUCACUUGGAGAAGAAUUCUCACGGACUACACACGAAGACAGUUCUCAUACGCCAGCGAUCGGGUUGUGGCUAUCGAAGGCGUUGUGCAGUGCCUGAAGGCGGUCUUGCAAGAAGAGUGCUUCCUGGGGCUAUGGGAAGGGGACGUCCUUCGUUCCCUCAUGUGGUUCUGUGACAAACUUCCAAGGCACAUCGUCAAGGGUGCAGAUCGCGGCGACCCGAUCAUCGCCCCAUCGUGGUCUUGGGCUUCGGUCUCGACUCCCAUUCACUACAAACUAUGGCAUCCUUUGGAACAGUUUACAACCCGCAACAAGGAGGUGGUGGACCCAUGUACACAGCUGCGGCUCAUCUGGGCUCGACCGAUCGACCCCACCUCCUUUUCCCACUUUGUCGGUGAGAUCGUACUUCACGGUCCGCUUGCUUGCGUUCGCCGGGCCCAUUUGUCGUGUGAAGGAUGCAAGUUGUUAAUGGAUCCUCGUCCAGGUCAAGGGUGGCCAAGUACAGCAGCCUAUGAAGGGAUCCAUGUGCUACCUAUCUUCAAGGAGGGCUCUUCAAGGAUUCACAAGGCCGUCUACUGCUUGGUGUUGACCCCUUUGUAUCCAAUGGAACAACCGCCAGAGUUUCGACGGAUUGGGACCUUGGUUAUUGAUAUGUCCUCCAGGCCUUUAUGCGUAGAUGACCCCGAAAAGUGUCAAGAUGAGAGGUGUCAUCCCUCCUCUCACCAUCCUGACGAGUUUUUCGACACAUCACCAACUAACGUGCAGCCGUAUAUGGUCGUUCGUGAGUUCUCUAUUUUUCAUAGCCUCCUGACCAUCAGAAAACUAAGCGUUAUGGCAAUGAUCUAG